AUGUCAGACGCAUCGCAGAUGAAUUCAUCGGUACCAACAGCCAUUGGGGCUGAUCACCACAUGCCUCCGCACAUGAGGCGGGUCCUUACAGCGCUUCACGACGACCAUGAAAAGUUAGGAGAGCGACAGAAAUCGUUGGAUGAUCGAUUCGAGACCUUGAUACGCCAGCUUUCCAAGAUGGGGCAAAAAGAAGUACCUAAGCAUGAAGAUGAUCGAGCGGAGACGAUGUUGCUCUCCGACCACGACGAGGAGCCUGCACAGAUCAUCGCCGUGAAGCCGGAAGCACGGUUGUUCGAGUUCGAGAGAUUCAAAAAUAGGUACGGUGAAAAAGACCAUCAGUUCUGCGUCGAGGCCUUGGUUGGCUGUUCGGACUUUCUUGGCGCGAUCGAAGACGAGUUGUCACGCAGAGGCGAGCGCGCUCCACACCGCAACGCCCUUCCUCAGCUCACAUAUACCGAGGACAUGAUUUGUCAAGUACGGAUUCAGUCUUUGGCACUAUUGAACAUCAUCUCAAAGGUAUCUGGAGCGUCUUGGAAUGGCAGAGUCCGUUGCACAUUCACUCGACCCUUUGCCCUGUUUAUUCGAACGCUAGGCGACAUUCAAAGCGAGCUUCAGAGACUGGAGACGAAGUGGGAAACCAGGGUUGUGCCCGAGCCCCUCCACGGCGAAUCAUCGAACUCGACGGAGGAGACACUUGAAGAUCGACAUGAGACUUUGUUGGAAUUGCGUUGCUACGUAGACUUCGUGAAGCAGCACAUCUUACCUCAACGCCAGAGGUACGACAAUCUCGAGCGACCUGAGGCACGCAGCGUUCACUACACAGACCUAUGGUACCUCUUUCGAAUAGGACAACUGGUGUAUGUUCCUAAGUUCGCCGGAGACGAGCCUACACCCUUGUCGGUAAGACAGAGCGUAUUCCGGAUCUGUGGCAUCUGGCGCCCCGACACUUCUUCCCACUGGCCUGUUAAGCGCGAGAGACGAGAGGGAGCCACGAGUGCUCGCCGUUUAUUCAAGCUGAAAUUGUAUUCGAUUGACCAUAACGGAGAGACAUAUGGACCCUACUUUCGCUCGAUCGAGGUUCCGUUCUUCAACGGGUCUCAGGAUGUGGAUUCAUUGCCUGUCUUUCCAUUGUGCUGCUAUUCGGACUACUCUGCGACGGCCAAAACGCUACAACAAAUUGGUCAGGACUUCCUGGACAGAAGAGCGCAGAAGCACAUCGCUUACCGUGGUUGGACUAUCAUCUGUGACCUAGCUGGAGGGAUUCUGCACGAUGCCGAGAGACAACCGCUGAAACACCCAGAGUACAUUGAGAGUGAUCUGAUCGUCGACUUUAAAGAGACCUUCCAGAACAUACCAAACUGGCGACCUUCUCUGCCCCGCAAACGAACCCGGUCCAGUCACUGGCUUCUAGGAGAAGACAAGAUGCGGAUCAUUCAAUGGACCACGAGCGAGUGUCAGCGGAUCGAAAAGGACCAUGCCGAACUUGUCCAAGAGAGUGACGGGAUUGACCAAAAUGACUACAACUUCCAAUUGACCAACGACAAAUUUUUGGGAGCACAAAAAUCGCCGGAGUUCCAAAUAGAGGACCUCAUGCUGCUUCCAAAGAGGCUCUUCGCCUACGCACUCCGUGAUCGCCAAUUCCACCAGGUGGAUGUGCGGUCCACUAGGCUUCCCAAUGCAGCUGAGGGCUCUCCAUUCGAUAGUUUACUGAUCAGCGAGGAGCAUCGGAGUAUCAUCCGAGCAGCCGUUAUCACCCACUUCCAGAACAAGCUUGUCGACGAAUCUUCCGAGGAUCCUCAUAUGUCAAUGGACCAAGACUUCAUACGAGGGAAGGGCAGAGGUCUAGUAAUUUUGCUCCAUGGAGCCCCGGGUGUUGGCAAAACCGCCACGGCGGAGGCAAUUGCACUGGAACAUCGCAAACCUUUGGUGGCCAUCUCUUUCGGUGAUCUGGGAUGGAAUUCAGAGAGGGUUGAGUCAUCUUUGCGCGAGAUAUUUCGUCUGGCCCAUCUGUGGAACUGCAUUCUCCUCCUGGAUGAGGCAGAUGUAUAUCUGUCCCAGCGAGAGAAGACAGACAAUCUACAAAGGAAUGGGAUCGUAUCGGUAUUUCUUCGAGUUCUCGAGUACUAUAAUGGAAUCCUUUUCCUCACGACAAAUCGAGUCGGCGUUCUUGACGAGGCGAUAAAGUCUCGCAUACACAUCUCACUACUUUACCCUCACUUGUCGCGAGAGCAUAUAUGGACGAUUACCCAAAUGAACCUCGAGCGGCUGAGAAAGAUUGAUGCAUACCGAUCAAAAGUUACGGGACAGAAGCCGCUGCAGUUCAUCGACAAGGAUAUCUGUGACGAGCUGUCCAGCUACGGGACGCAGGAACAUGAGCGAAGUCUGAACGGCCGGCAAAUUCGCAACGCUGUCCAGGCCGCCGCUUGUCUGGCUUGGUAUGAGCAAAAGGUCAAAGAAGACCGAGGAGAAGCCGUCCAGACUUUCUGGUUGAGCGUAAAGCAUUUUCAGACAGUGAAGCAGACCAUGAUCCUUCACGAGGAGUACUUGACCAGGACCAAAGGCAUGAGCGACGCUGACAUGGCCAACCACCGGGGCGAGCGUCAUGACAAGUUCAGAACGCGAGAGAACUCACAGACAUACAGCGGGCUGGCAAUGCAUCAGCGUCCCGGAAGCCAGUCCUCUCUGUCUCGGUCCGAUUCAGAGGCGUCGAGGCGGACGCAAACCCCGCAGACAGGCUGGGCGGGCUGGUCACAACCUGCUCCCAGGCAAAACAGCUAUGGCUUCCAGUCGACACCACCCACGGGGCCACGUGGCGAGACCUCUGCGUUCAUGUCGAGCGCGGGCAGCCCAGGUCAGCAGUAUCAUGCUUUCGGCCCUACGCCGGAGUUCAGCCCAUCGACUUGA